GCCAGCAUAAAAGACACUGAUCUUUUACCUUCUGAUCAGGUGAGGAGAAAGAAGCAGACCCUGGAAUGAAGACUGGCCAGCUUAGACCUUGCCAGGGGUCACCCAGAUGUCACUACACAGUACUACCAGGUCCUCUGAGAAAAAAAAAUGUCAGAGGGCCCCUAAUCCAGCCCUAUCUGGGCUCCAGUGUCUGUUGCCAGAGGAUGAAUCCAAGUAACCAUCUGUUCCUCAGAUUCCCAUACUGGAUCAGGUCCGCGUGGAUGGUACCUCUCCCGCCCCCAGUCUUCAGUCAACUUCCUCUGCUGGCCCCAAAGGCAUGUGUGAAGGCGAGUCGGCCUGGCUGCAGCCUCUGUUUACGAAGCUUGAAAGCCGAGAAGACCCCUCCCCAAGGGCUCAGGCUGACCUAGGCGAGGAACUCCUAGGGUCACCCCCGAUACUGUGCCGGAGGUGCCAAGUGCUGGUUUGUGGAUACCCAGGCAGAUCUGCAGUGCCUAAUGCCAUGAGCAUGGUAGUGCAGCAUGUGGAGGAGAAAGCUGUGCACUCCUGGUCACGCAUCUCCACGGCAGGGAAGAAAGCCCUGGAAGAGGCGCUGCUUGUCUUUAAUCCCAUGAGCCAGGAUCUCAGUGCCACAGAGGCCCAGCUUGUGGCCUUCCUACAGGGCCUGCGAGAUGAUGGCUUCCAACCUACAAUUCUGCGUAGUGGUGAUGUCUAUGGCUAUAGUUCAUGCACAGCCAAACCCCCCAGCCAGACGAAGCUACAGGCUCGCACCACCAACCCACCUGCCACAUCACCUCCAACUAGGGCUCCCCAAACUUCUGUGUCACUACCUACAGGCCGGGCCACACUGCUCCCUAUGCCACUAUCCGGCAGGCUGGCCAAGGGGCCCACACCAGCCCUUGCCAAACAUGCUACAACCAACCUGCUGCUGAGCUCCCUGAAGCAGUCUAGUGCUAGCUGCACCAGUGGUACAACAGUAGGCUUCCCUGCUCACCUCUAUCCAGGUGUCUACCCUGCCAUGCGGCUCUCUGUUGUCCUUGAGGCACUGGUCCCACUUAAGACUCCUUGCUUGAGUGCUAAGCACAAGGCACAGUCAUUGCAUCUGUCACUUGCGAACUCACCCCUGAAACUGAGGAAAGGUUCAGGGAACCUACAGUUAAAAGCUCCCAGAAAAAACACAAGCAAGGGCCUCAAAUAUCUGACUAGCAAAGACCCUGGGGCUGGACCCCAACGAGGCACUGGGACCCAGAACAAAACAUACAGAGCCACUGGAUCCCUCAAUGGCCUACAGAUUAAAGGGACCUCUGCCCUGGGCACCAGAACAGUCCAGGCCAAGGCAUCUCGAACACUGACCAAAGCUGUUGGUACACAUGCUAGUGUGGCUCAAACCCAGGUCAAGGCAGCACGAGCCAGGGCUAAGGUAGCACGGGCCAAAGCAACACAGGCCAAGGCCAAGGCAACACAGGCCAAGGACAGGGUAUCCCGAGCCAAAGCCAAAGCCAUAGUGGUAAGGGCCAGGGCUAAAGCCAAGGUAGUGCAGGCCAAGGCCAAGGCGGCUCAGACCCAACGCAGGGGCAGACCAAAGGGAUCUGUUCAGGCCAGGACCGGAAGGAAGGGCCAGAAAAAACGCUCUGAGACUGUGGGGCAGAAGAGGAAAAAGGCCGAGGAGGCAAAAGAUCUUCCUCCUAAGAAGAGAACACGACUUGUGCCCCAAUCUCCUAAGGCAUGGCUGGGGCCUGCGACAACAAAGCUUCGAAAGUCCCAGGCUAUAAAGGUAGACAGGAAGUCCUCAGAUGAUGAGGUUCGACAGUGGGCCCAGCGGAUCCUCCAUGUAAAUCUCUCUCCAAUAGUACGGCUCCAGCCAUUGCCACCAUACUCAACAUCCUGAUUCCUUCAUAUGACAAUGGGAAAACAGCUGAGCUGUCCAUGUGGCUAAUGGCACAGUGUGCCAUGCUCGUGUACUCUGCAACUUUGCAGACUCUGGGUACCUCUCCAGGACCCUGGUGGUCACCAGCCUCCUUUCAGAAACUGAGGAUUUGGGAUUGGGUGGGUAAUGGGAGGGGUGUUCUCAUGGCGCAAUGCACUGUGAUUUGUUCUUCACGUUGUUUAUCCGCUGUUCCAUCUAUCAUGUUUUAUACCUUUCACCUUCCAGUCUCCCUGCUUACCCCCUGGUCUUUUUUUUUUUUCCCCAGUGGUGGGGAGGGGGAUAUGUGUGGUGGCAAAAGCCAGCUUGAAUCUGGCAAAAUUAGCCCCAGGAAUAAGGUCUGGAGAGAAUGUCCUGGUAGCUUGGAGCAGGUCAUUAAUUUGAAUGAUAGGGUGACAUUAUGGAAGGAGACAACUCCCAGACUAUUCUAGAGAGAUGAGGGGAAAUUCAGGUGUUGGCAUCUGUGGAUUUGUGAGAAAUAUUCUGAGGUUAGGGACUGAGCCAUUGUGAGGUAGAACAUCUCUCCUUGGGAUUGUCCCAGUGUUUAACCAGAUGGGCCCCAUUCAAGGUUGUGGGCAGCUCAAUGGGAAAUCUUGCAUCUAGCAGGUUUUUAGGCCAGGGAAGGGAGCCUUUGCGGUAUUCCUCUCUGGAGAUGAAGCAGAUAGCCUGGCCUUCCUUUUCUCUCAGCAAGCUCUGGCUAAAGCUUUAAAGCUUUGCUUAGGCUUGUCUGAGGAAAUGGAAUAGGCUUGAAAGGGUUGAAGUACCUCUCAUCUGCUGAAGGUGACUGACUAGCCCUGACUUUAUCAUUUGAUUACAAGAGGCUGGGCUUUGAAUCUGGACCAUAAGACCUGCCCUCUCUGUGAUGCCUGUGGUAGUGGAUCCAGGAGGGUUUCCACCUAUGCCUCAGCAGUACUUUCUGAGUGGAUUCCCAAGUAUUCCAUAUCCUCCCAAAUCCACCGUCACCUUGCCACCUACCAUGGCCUGUGCGCUUUGAACAUUGUUGGUGCAUAUUGUCUCAGAGUGUAGGCUGGACCCUGAGUGGAAGCAGCUGCUCUGUGAAUCUGUAGUCCAUUGGUAUCUGCUCAGGCUGAAAGGUAGUAACUGAGGCAGAUAGGGAAGGGACACAUUCCCCAGAAGUGUCUAGUGGCAGCUUUUAUGGGCCGGGAAUGGGAACAUCUCAUUUGAGAAAUUGUUUCUCAUGAUUUGCCUGAGCCCUACUAGUACCAGCUGCCUUGUGCAGUGAACCUAUGAGAAGCUUUGUGUACCUCCAUGUUUGUUCCUUCACCCCUUCUGUAUCUGGUAGAUGCUUUUAACAUUCCUCCCUUGGGUGCAUCCACCCUCGGUUCCCCA